AUGGACCUGAUGGCUCAAGUCCGACAGGCCUCAGACACACCCUCUGCCCUCUCCGAGUUUCUACAGCUUCCGGACGCGAUCCGGACUCUCACGAAACCUCGACGAUCGGCAUACACGUCGCGCUCACCAUCCUCUUCCCGGGGCCUAACCAGCCCUUCGCCUCCCCCCGAAUCAGUAUCAACAGCCACACCUAUACACAGGCCGAAGGGCAAGGAUAGGGAACGGGACAGGGAUAAGGACAGGGACAAGGAUAGAGGUAGGGACAGGGACAGGGACAGGGACAGGGAUCGUCCCAGAGGAAAUGGCCGUCGACGAGGUUCGGAUGCGACGAACUCAAUGUUGAGUAUCGUUCUGGCCGAAGAAGAACGACAAGCCAAUCACCUGAAAGCUAUGCUCCGCAUCACAGGCGAUCGCCUCCAAAACGAAAUACGGAAAGCAGACGAUGCCGAAACCCGAGCAACCCUGGCCGAGGUUCGUGCGCGGGAUAUGACUUCCCGCGCCACAUCCGCUGAGCAUGCGCAGCACGCUGCCGAGCUCGAGUCCGCGCGUGCGAGAGAGGAGACGAAGAGGUAUCAGAUGCAGGCUGAGAAUGCGGAGAGGGAGGUUAGGAGGUUGACCGGUGAGGUUGCGAAGUUGCAGAGGCAGAAGGAGGAGGCAGAAGAAGAGGCAGCGAGGGCGAGGGAUGUGGCGCGUAAGUGGCAGGCUGCGUUGAGGGACUUUCAGUCUAGGGCUGAGGGGAAGGAGGAAGGGAUGAGGAUGGCGUUGUUCAAGAGGUUCGAUGAUGGCAGGGCCGAGGGUUUCGAGGAUGGGCAUUCGGAGGGAUGGGAAGCUGGCAGGGCAGAAGGAUUUGAAGAGGGUAGAAGAAGGGGUAUCGAGCAGGCGAAGACGUUAGCGAGGAAUGAGGAGAGGCUUGCGGCUUAUACUAAGCCCUCUACUCCUGCUCCUCAUCCAAGCCGGUUCUACGAGGAGAUGGCGUCGCGGUACGAUGAUGACGACAGGACGCGAUUCUACGACGAUGGACGCACUGUGGCGCUCACGGAGAAGGAGUAUAAUAUCGUAGACCCGCCACAGCGAUACAAUAGUCCUGCACACUUCGAGCGAAUCAAAGAAUGGGCUGCUGAGUCGACCACGCAGUCAAGCAAAUCGACGCCACCCAAGCCGGCCCCUGUCUGGCUCCGUCGUCGAACCAACACACCUGUCCCCUGA